CACGGGACGAAGCACGUAUAUUCGUGCCCGGAACGUCGCUCUAUAGAUCUACCACAAUAUUGGCGAUCUUUGAAUAUGGAUAGUGAUUCUCUUCCUUACUUCAUUCUAGGAAGGUGACGCUAUUAUGGGAUAGGACUUUGGACGUAAAAAGUGAGGAUUACGAUGUACCCAUCUUGGCUUCCGGUGGUUCGCGCGUCAGCCAUUGCUUGGACUCCGCUUAUUCAGUGCGAAUUACCGGAAGGGCCAACAUUCUCGAGUAAUGUCAUUACAAGAGACAGGAAGAUAGUGAUCAAUGUCAGUGGAAGUCGUUUCGAGACGUGGAAGUCUUCGCUAGACCGUUUCCCAGACACACUUCUUGGUUCGGAUGAAAAGGAUUAUUUUAGAGACUCUAAAUCGGGAGAAUACUUUUUUGAUCGGGAUCCAAACCUUUUCCGUUUUAUAUUAGCUUAUUAUCGUUCUGGGAAACUACAUUUUCCGAAAGAUUCUUGUGUCACGGCUUAUCACGACGAAUUGAUCUAUUUCGGAAUCAUGCCAGAAAUUAUGGGAGACUGCUGUUACGAGGAAUAUCUUGAUCGAUACCGCGAAAACAGAGAACGACAGCUUGAGGAUCUAAACGAUCAUAAAGAGGAGGAACAACCAGCUACAUGCUUUCGUGAACAGCUCUGGCGUGCUUUUGAGAAUCCGCAAGCAUCAACACUCGCCAUUGUGUUGUAUUAUGUUACUGGAUUUUUUAUUGGCGUAUCUGUACUAGCAAACGUAACUGAGACGGUUUCUUGUGGAACAAGUCAGGAGACGGGUGAUAAUAUACCCUGUGGCGAGAAGUACAACGCUGCAUUUUUUUGUUUGGACACAGCCUGUGUAAUGCUUUUUACUGUUGAAUAUUUUGCCCGGCUGUACGCCGCGCCAUCAAGGUGGAAAUUCAUUCGAUCUGUGAUGUCAAUUAUCGAUAUUGCUGCGGUGCUUCCGUACUAUAUUGGUUUAUUCAUGUCCAACAAUAAGGAGUUUUCUGGCGCUUUUACCACUCUAAGAGUGUUUCGUGUGUGUCGCAUUUUUAAGUUUUCAAGACAUAGCAAAGGACUGCGGAUCCUUGGAUGUACUUUGAGAUGUUGUGCUUCAGAACUGGGGUUUCUCCUUUUUACGAUCACGAUGGGAGUCAUAAUUUUUUCUACAAUCAUGUUCUAUGCGGAAAAGUCAGAAACAUCACAAUUUAACAGUAUUCCAGCUGCAUUCUGGUACACUAUUGUAACAAUGACUACACUUGGGUAACUACGGUGACAUCGUUCCAAUCACAAUUAUUGGAAAAAUAUUUGGCGGCAUCUGCUCACUGUCUGGCGUGCUUGUGAUUGCCUUACCCGUCCCUGUCAUUGUGUCGCACUUUGCACGGAUUUAUCAGCAAAAUCAGCGAAAUGACAAACGCGAAGCUCAAAAGAAAGCCAGAUUUUCAAGAAUAAAUGAAAUGAAACUGGCAACGGAAACUGCAUUUUUGGAAGGAAAGCGGCGCUUUGAGAUGAGCCAUGAUGACCCGGUUAUCGGUAACAGUCCCAGCUUUUAUUUGGAGAAAGGUCUACAGUACAUUGAAGAAGAGGCAGGAUGUGUUGGUCCAGGUUAUACGGAACCAGAACUCAUGCAAAAAAGUCCACAGUUAGAGCAAAACUUCGAGAACGAAAGAAUGGAUCUGUUUGAAGAGCAGUACUACCAUCUGAUUGACUGUUUACAGAGAACCACCGGAUGCGAUGUUGUUUCAAGCGAGCUCACUGGAGGUGAUAUUCCAUUCAACAUACAUGCCAGCAUCAAGGUGCGUGGCAAGGCACCUCAGAAACCUUGUACACAAAAAUCAAUUGCACAAUCAACGCAACCAAGGAUCAGAGAAAACAGCAGACGAUCGUAUGCAGUCAUUCGUCAACUUCGGUUCAGCAGACGUCGUCUCGGACAUUGUCAUGUUCGCCAAGCUAUUGAACGUUGCUGUGGUCGCAGACAAAGGAAAAGCCAACAGAGUUCCCCCAAAAAAGUUGGAAAACAUUCAGAGAUAACUGAACAUGAAGCAGUGGCUCGAAAGAGGGCUAGCAUGACUGAUACUAAUGAGGGGAACGUCAGAGGAUGGCUGCAGGAACAUGCCGGAGAUCAGCGCACAAGUUUGUGUGAACGUGUCAGCAUUGAAAACUUUGUCGGAACGGAAUCAAGAUUAUGGCAGAGAAAUCCUCGUUUGGUUAAAAAUGUUCCACCAGAUGAUGGUUUAUCAUUCCCCUAUGUUUCCGAUGCCCGGUCAACUGAAGUACGACCGGCUUAUCCUGAAUCACUUGAGACACCGGACGCACGUUGGUCCACUUCCCGAUCAACGAACGUUUAAGAUCGAAGUAAUCGCUGCUUGUGAUCAACUCUUCCAACAAUUCCUAUCUGUAUUCUUCCCCGAACGCUCAACUACUGUACAAAUUUGUAGAUCAGAUCAACCCGAAUAUAACUUACCAAUGCCAGAGAAACCAAGAAUGACCUAGGUGGUGAAUCUGUCGGUUACCUAUGCUAGAAAAACCAACAGUACUACCCGUACUAUUUUACUAUUGCAGGAUAUAUUUUUCUCGAUCGCAAAACCUUUAAGACUGAAAUGUAGAAAAUACAUAGAUUCAACACAUUUUUCAAUAUAUGUGGACAACUAUGGAAACAUUUCCCCGGAUGACUUUUCUGUGUUUUUACAUCGGAAACAUUAGACAAAUAGUUAUUGGAAUGUCGAUCAGCUGUUGUAUUCAUGUAGCCUAUUCUUACUCUCCUAUUCUUUCGCUAACGCCGUAGUCACAUUGUUUUUAUUCUGACCGGUUGUAUAUGUGUGAGCAUCAUUCAAACACGCUCAAACCGAUUUUUCACAACAUUGUUUUCAAUGUAUCUCUAUA